CAAUCAUCAUCAACAUGAUUCUCGGGGAGGUUAGCCACGUGGCAUCUGCCAUCUCAGUCGGUAGCAUUUUUCGCUAUUGUUUGUCCUUGACUGUAGUACCGCCGCGUUCGUAUUAACGCCUGCCGCUCUUUAGUCUUAUAUAGCUUGACAUGGCAGAGUUUUAGCCGUUAGAUUAGUUCUUUUACGGGUGAGGAGCCGAUCGUUGAAAUCCAUUACGAUUUUAUGGCUCGCAGCUGCACCCUCAAACCGCCGUAGCCGCCACGGCUCCAUCUUCUCAAGCUCAUCUUCUCCAUCUCAUUUUCAUUUUCUCCAAAGUAACCUGGACGUCCAAUCGCCUAAAGCCCAUCGCUGCCUUCCUUUUCGAACGACCUGUUUUCCGAGAAGGGUCCGACGUCUAGCGACGGGCGCUUCGAUCUCAUUUUCAUAGCUCUGAGAUUCAAACUUUCCCUUCUCUUUCAUUCUUCUCUCUAAUAUCUUCCCCGUUACCUCCCUCGGGAACAUCUCUGCGCGUUGAACGAAAAGCUCGAGAGUUUUUGCCGGUUGUUCGUGUUUGACUCUCUUCGGUCUCCGCGGCUUCCCUGGGCUUGAACAUGUGCAUGCUUUCAACAAGCGUUGAGAUGUUCAUCCAAGUGGAUUUCUUAAGUGGCUUUCGAAUUUAUUUGAGGAGGAAUCAUUCUUUGUGGUUCUGGUGGUAGAGUCAUGAAUCAUGGGACUACUGACGUUGAACACGGAAGAAGUGAGUCAUAUAGUCGUGCAAGCAGUGCCACUUCUUCGUUAAGAAGGCGUUCUAUAAGUUUUUCAUCAGCUGUACAUGCUAAUAUAGAUGACGAUGACAAUGAAAAUGAAAGUGUUUCGGAGGUGGGAGAUAUUGGGGAUCGGGCUCUUCACAGCAACAGGCACAGUGAUCAGAGCAGCAGCCUCCGUUUUUCUGUUGAUCAUGCAUUAGAGAAUGGAGUAGCUCCUUCCACUUCUGGGGAUACUCUGUUAGAUCCUUAUGGUUAUUUGGCUCGUGAUCCUCUUUCCUUGAAUACAAUCACCCCAGUUUCGCCAUUGCCAGAGGAAAUCAUCUCUCCCCUUUCCACAGAUGCAAUAGUGUGCUCCAACGACAAAACGCUAGACGACAAGAAAGAGUUGCCAAAGCUGUUGGAUUAUAUUUUAUGUCUCAUUCAUUUAGCUGUUCUCGGGAUUCUUGGGGUUUUGACAAGGUAUUUACUGCAAAAGUUGUUUGGCCCUGGAGUUAUUGGCUGGACAAGUGACAAAAACAUUUUGUACCUUGACCUUCCAUCUAAUAUGGUUGGUUCAUUCUUGAUGGGAUGGUGGGGUGUCAUUUUCAAAGCAGACAUAUGCAGCAUGUCAGACUAUCUAGCUAUCGGAUUGACGACUGGUUACUUGGGAAGUCUGACAACUUUCAGUGGUUGGAAUCAGAAAAUGCUUGAUCUUAGUAUUGAUGGCCAUUGGGUAUUUGUUGUGCUUGGUUUUCUUGUAGGGUUGUUUCUUGCGGCCUACUCCAUUAUUUUUGGGGUGGAGACAGCCAAGGGUUUCAGGUGGCUUCUAACAAGAAAAAAUGGAAGUUCAGGAAAUGACACCCGUAGCUCUAGCAGCAACUGGAGGGCGAACACCUACAGGCGUCACUUGGCGGUUAUGGUGGUGCUGAUUUUGAUGCUAGCCUUGUUAUGGGGUGUAAGUGGAGCCCUUUUGAGGGAGGAGUUUAGCAGCGGUAGCAAUGGUGCUCAGCUGUGGUUGGCUUGCAUUGUUGGACCUCCUGGUGUGUGGAUCAGGUGGUUCUUAGCCCGACUUAAUGGACGUGGAUUAGGAAGGGCAGGGUUGUUGAAAUGGGUGCCAUUUGGAACUCUGAUUGCCAAUGUUUCUGCAGCUUGUAUCAUGGCAGCGCUUGCCAUUGGGAAGAAAGCGGCGAGUAGCCAGACUUUUGAUACUGUAGCAGCGGGGAUACAACUUGGAUUCUUGGGAUGUCUGAGUACUGUCUCUACCUUCAUUGCUGAGUUCAAUGCAAUGAGAGAAAGCAAGCGGCCUUGGAGGGCAUAUGCAUAUGCGUCCAUUACCAUUUGCUUGUCAUUCAGCUUGGGGACAUUGAUAUACUCUGUACCCGUUUGGAUAAAGGGCUAUGGAUAGCAAUGUUAAGGCUAGCCUUUUCUGGCACACCCUUACGCAUCUAGUGGAGCCGUUGAGCUGCUCCAGUUUCUAAAAUGCCCUGUUGGACUCUCUAUGAAAGUUUUCAUUCAGAUUAAUUUCAAAAAGUCCUUAAACAGAAAGAUUCAUUGUAAUAAAUACCCAAAAUGAGGAAUGAUGGUUUUACUUGCUA